AUGGCACAACAUCCACUCGACAGACAUCAGAAAGAGGAGAGAGAAGGGUCGGCAUUAAGCGAUGAAGGUUCCACAGGAUCCGUCGCAUCAGUCGUCCUUUCGGCCGGCUCAAACAGCGAUUCGCAAGGAGAUUGGGUAUACACCCUCGAGAUCAUCCAGCAGCCUCAGCGUGCCCGAGCAUGUGGUUUUGGCGACAAGGAUCGUCGACCAUUGUCACCUCCACCUAUCAUUCGUCUUCGAGUGUACACCUCCAAAGGCGAACUCGUCAAUCCUUCACACGUCAAUAUCCAAUUCCUCAUUCUCAUGGCUGACCUGUGGUCCGCCGAUGGUACUCACCAACGGAAUGUAGUUAUGCACCCCGGCUCUCAACUGGUUCGAGCACCCGCGUUCGAAGGACCUCCAGGGACAGCAGGCUCAUCUUCCUCCGAGUCCAGGUCGGAGCAUGGAGGACAGUACGGUUAUCCAGGACAUUUCCGCUACAACAUGCCUGGACUUGUUGGCUCUACUUCCGCAGCUACCACCUCUUCACCAGUCACCGAGUCCUCACUUGAAAAGUUACAAUCUCAAUCUCCCUCCGCGUCAUACUGGGAUUCUCAGCGGAAUGAAGGCUUACAGACAAGAGGCGAAACCAUGCGGCUUGCUAAGCCCGCCGCCGACUACCCUCACCAAUCUGCUUCUCAGAUCGCUUCCUCCUCUCGUCCUACCACCGCUUCUGGACCACUUACAAGAUUAGACGCCCUCAAAGGGUCCCCCAGCACCCCUUCAGGAUCAAGACCUGCCACUUCCGGACUAUCCGGAUCCCUCCGCCCGUCAUAUCAGCAUCCAGAUCAAUCCACCACGUCCCGCCCAUCCAGUUCUUAUAAUAGACCUCAAUCCUCUCAUCUGACUCUUGCCCCAAUUUCCAGACCCUCCACAUCUGGAUCUCGCACACAAUUCUCACAUCGGGAACCAUUAUUAUCACCGAUGUUAGCUGCCGGUGAAGGCCACGCAGACCAAUCGUUCCGUCCUGACUCCAGCUCAUCACACCUCGAUAGGCCGUUUACUGGCGUGUCAGCCGUUUCUGGAUUCUCUGGGCGCCCUUCCACCAGUGGCGCGCGGCCCUCAACAGCGUCGACAUAUCCUCUCCCUACCACUCCGACUUAUCCUCGACCGCUUCACUCUCCUAUCAUCGCCUCAUAUGCUCAAUUCGAUGACCCUUCCCGGCUGCAAAUGGCUACUGGCGCAACCGCCAACUACUCCAGAGUACUUGUAGGAACGCUUUGCUGCGUCUGUCAAAGAUUGUCCGACGAACAUGGAGAGCCUGGGCUGUUCUUCUUCGCCCAUGAUCUCGGUAUCAGGACUGAAGGCAGCUUUAGGCUGAGAUUCACAUUGACCAGUCUGGCGAGUAUGAUGCAAAAUCAUCGUCCGGACAACACAGCGCCUGUCUUAGCAGAAGUUCAGUCAGAGGCAUUUACAGUCUAUUCUGCCAAGAAGUUUCCAGGUGUCAUUCCCACAACUGAGCUUACACGAGUAUUCGCCAGGCAGAACGUGCGAUUGCCCACUAGACAACGAAGACAGGGUAGAGCGAGAUCCGAAGGUGAUUCAGAGGAUGAGGACGAUUAG